GAGCGGGAAUUUGGCAACAUGAAUGGAUUGGUUAUUCCGUUAACGCCCAUUGCCGUUGACUUUUGGAGACCUCGUGCAGCACCGCAAGCUAAAAUCUUCUUUCUCACGCACAUGCACGCAGAUCACACUAUGGGGUUGAGUUCGUCGUGGAGUCAUCAGAUAUAUUGUUCAGAAAUAUCAGCGCGGCUGCUGCAGAUGACAUUUCAGUUGCCACCUGAAAUAAUUACUGUGUUGGACAUCGGCUCUCCCACAUUGAUUUCAGUCGAUUUCUCUGCUCAGCAGUUCAUCACUGUGACUGCAAUGGAUGCUAAUCACUGCCCAGGAUCGCUGAUGUUUCUAUUUGAAGGAUACUUUGGGAAGAUAUUGUAUACGGGAGAUUUCAGAUAUGAUGAGGAAUUUAUGAAGCAAGAAACUUUGCAGACGCUUAAAGGCAUUGAUGUUCUCUAUCUUGAUAACACUUACUGUGAUCCUCGCUGCAUCUUUCCAACUCGUCAAGAGGCUUGCUCUGAAAUCAUUAAACUAAUGCAUGAUCACCAUGAUUACGACGUCGUCAUCGGUGUCUAUUCACUUGGCAAGGAAUGGCUAUUAGAACAAAUAGCAGUGCAGACAAGCCAAUGGAUUGUCGUCGAGAAGGAUUAUUAUGAAAGGUUACGAGCCGCUGAACGUGCGGCUGUCUUUUCUACUGGUAGAGACGAUAGUCUUGUGCGAGUGGUGAAAGCACGGACGUUGACGACUCAGAACUUAGAGAAAUGGAACGCUGCAUACCCAACUAUUGCCAUCCUACCAACAGCUCUCUAUGUUAGCCAGAACAAACAACCUCCAAAAGGCAUUCACGUUGUUGCUUAUUCUGAUCAUUCGUCAUACGACGAGCUCGUUUGGUUUGUGUCUCAAUUGCAGCCGAAGUCGGUGGUGCCCAUUGUGAAGGGAAAGGGCGCAACUGAUGAGAUGAUGAGUCGUGCGGAUAUGUCGUGUUUUGCACCGUUUCUCAGCAAUGAACCGAAGACUGCAUGUGAGAUUCCGUUUUCGGUCGUUGACUUCAUGAGUGGAUAUGAUCUUCAGUCAAGACAAGAGCGAUGUAUGAAACCAUCACAUCGGCCUAACAGAUUACAAAGAAAGAGGUCUGCUCCAUCUGGUGUUGUAUUUUCCGACUCACCAUUGAAGAAGAAAACCAUAGAGCUUCAACAGACAGAAGAGAGAGAAAGUGAAAAGUUGGAUAGUUUGCCUAUCCAGCAAGUUUACUCACAAGAAAACUCAAAAACUGAAGAGAGUAGAUCAACUCCUGUCAAAUGCAUUAAUGUGGACAUGGACAUGAUGGACAACAAACACGACGUAAAAAUUGUGAAGGAGAGAGACAAACGGGCAAACAAUGUUUUGAGUGAAAAUGAUGAUGGAAUGAACAUCGAUGGUGGAUGUAGAGUCACUGUGGAUGGGAAAACUGCUGCAACCUUGUUGAUGUGUGUUGAUGAUGUUUGUGCUGGAGAAGACAACUCUCCAGCCCAUAAACGAUUUCUUCCAUCAUGGCUGGACGAUUCCAGUGUCCUAAACACAUCAGAUCAUCACACACGAUUACAUCCACACAGCAAGGCAAAACAAUCAACAAUAACAAUCUAUGGCACCUUCACAACCAGAAACUCCAAACACACGUUAACAGAGGACAACGAAUGUAGCAAAUAUGGAGACAACAAUAUUUCACUUGCAAUGAACACGAAGUCACAUGCAACGAAAGCAAAUAGAAUGGAGGAGAAUAUCUCGACUGAUUUGUUGUCAGACGAAGAAGAUCAAGUUGCUUCGAAAUUAUCAACGUCACUUAACAAUCAAUCUCACUUGAAACUUCAGUCAAUACUUCCAGAUGUCCAAUACGUUCGUCACAAAUCUUGCGAUCCGGCUCCUUGUCAUCAACACACGAAAUCACAACUCAAACAACCGCAAAGAGAAAAGUCAUUGUACGAACAAUUCUACGUGGGAAAAUCAUGCGAAUUUGCACGGAGACUUCUCUUUCCCAACAUGAAGUAAAGAAACGUAUUGCCUAUAUAAUAUUAAAUCAGUAAUAAUUAAUUUAGUCAAUAAAUUAUUUGCUGGUUGUUUUAGUUGAUUAAAUUCUUUACUUUAUAUUAAAGAAGGUUGGAGAUUUUUUGUUGGUUUUUGUAAUGGA